CACAUUUAUACGUACUUACUCUACCCAUUGUGCAGUCCUCGUGAAUUUUCAUUCCUCAGCACCUCCCACCAUCAUGGCUCGAACAACGGCAUCAGCAUUUCUUUCCAUCCUUCUUCUCUCCGCCGAAACAGCAGCAUGGGGAAACUUGGGGCACACUACUGUCGCUCUAAUCGCACAGUCUUUUCUCUCGCCCCAAACCGUCAACUUCACCCAAUCCCUCCUCAACGAUACGUCCUCCACAUUCCUUGCCAACGUCGCAACCUGGGCCGACUCUUAUCGUAAAGAGCCAGGAGGCGAAUUCAGCGGUGUCUACCACUACAUCGAUGCCCUCGACUCUCCACCGGCAUCAUGCGAUGUCGACUACGACCGCGAUUGUCCCGAGGAAGGCUGCAUUGUAUCCGCCAUCGCAAAUUACACUACGCGCGUGCAAAGCUCAAACGUCUCCUUUGCGGAGCGCCAAAAGGCAUUGAAAUGGAUCAUUCACUUUGUCGGCGACAUCCACCAGCCAUUGCACGUGGAGAAUCUUGCAGUCGGCGGUAACCUCAUCAACGUUACCUUCGAGGGUGCUUCGGCCAACCUCCACCGAAUUUGGGAUAGUGACAUGCCUGAGAAACUGAUCGGCGGGUACGCCCUGGAGGACGCUCUGGACUGGUCAUCUUCUCUCUUGGAAGAUAUCAAAGCGGGCGGCAAGUAUGCGAACCAGAGCAGCACGUGGCUCACAGGUAUCGACGUUAAUGACGCUAUCGCGAGCUCCAUGCACUGGGCUCAAGACGCGAAUGCGUAUGUAUGCUCCACCGUUGUUCCCGAGGGACAAGAGGCCGUCGAGGGCAAGGAACUGGAAGGGGAGUACUAUGAUGCUGCUAUUCCUGUCAUCCAGCAGCAGAUCGCCAAAGCUGGUUAUAGGUUGGCGGCGUGGUUGAAUCUGAUUGUUACGGGCCAGACUGGAGUUGGGGGUGAGUACGUAUCUUUGACUCGGCCGGCUUGGAAGAGGUGGGAGGAUGGAAAGAGAGAGGUACAAUUGGAGGAUUGGAUGGUCGAAGCUAGACGUGUGAGACGGGCUUUUGGCUCGGAUUGUGGACCUGCGGGACACCAUCAUUGA